GAGACCGACGACGACACCUUCUGCCGCCUGCUCCGAGAUGUUGGCCUCGGCGGCGUCUUCGUCGUCACCUCCCUCCACUUUGGCCAGAAGCGGCUGCGGCGGUCGGGAGUCCUCGUGCGAGUCUCUCUCGUCGACGCGCCGCGAGAGAGCGAUAGCACGCCCACCUCGGUGAGAGCGAUAGCACGCCCACCUCGGUGAGAGCGAUAGCGCCGCACCGCGCCAGCCCUCUCCCCCUCACCCGCGCCGCCCGCCGAGGGCAGGUGAGCGCGCUGCUCGUCGGCCGCCGGCGCGUCCGCCUCCGCGGCCCGCCCACCGGGCUGCAGCUGCGGGUGGGGCGGUGGAGGCGCGAGUACGACGACUCGAUCGUCUCCGAGAGAGCGCUCGGGUGGGGCGUCGAGCGCUUCGUGGACCGCGGCGCGCCGUCCGCGGCGGCGGCCGCUGCCAUGCCCGCUGCGGCGGCGGAGGCGGCGCACCACACCGAGUGGUCGCUCACGCCCUUCGAGGUGCUGGCGGACGCCGACGAGGCGCCGCUCUACGAGCCGGGCGGCGUGUGCGACGCCGCGUGGCCUGCGGAGGGCGACUCCCCUCCGCCCGCCUCGCUGGUGGAGGCGGCGGCACGCCUCUCCGCCGACCUAGAGGCGUGGAGGAGGCUCGCGGCCGAGCGCAGCACCUACGACGACCCGGCCGUGACGGCGGGGGCGAGGGCCCGCCGCGGAGACUUGCGGCUCGACCCCGCGCUCCUCCUCGCGCGGGUGUGCCGUGACCUCGGGCCGAAGCCGCCGCCCGAGGCGCCGACGGCGCUCGCGCUGUGGGGCGGCGCGCUCAUCAACCCGCUGCCCUCCCUCGGCGUCUCGACCGAGGUGCGCGGGGCGGUGCUCGAGGCGCAGGGCGCCGCAGAGCGGGUUGCGCUCGUGCAGCGAGCCGUCUCGAGGUCGAUCGCCAACCUGGAGGGGAGGCGGCCACUCUUUUGAGGUUUAAAAAACACUGGAGGAGAA